CGAGAAAACAUUUUGUCAGGCUUUAUUUUUCUGUCAUUAUUUACGAAAAAAUAACGAGAAAAACAAAUCGAGGUUGCUUUCUGUGAAAACUAAAAUUUGUAGUUUAUUUAGUUUAUUUAGGAUCUAAAUUUAUUUAGGCAGAAAAAUCUGCUUCAAUAACUCCUAAGCUGAUGGAUAUCGUACCGGAGUCGUGCCGGCUGUGCCUGUCGGCCAGCGAACCAACUAAUCCCAUCUAUGAACGUCUCACUCUGGCGGAAAUCACAGAGCUCUUGCACGAUGCAUUGGGUAUACAGAUCUCUAAUUCAGAGGAGUAUGCAAAUAUCUGUAACGGAUGUGAAAUGAAGGCUAAACUUAUGUACACCAUCUGCAACGAGUUCCGACAGGCGGAUAAGCUGUUCUGUUCCUUUCUGGACCACAAACGAUCGGAAAUGGCACUAAUCGAAGAAGAUAAGAGUAUGAUCAGCAUCGUAACCGUGUUACCGCUGGAACCAAUAAGCGAAGAAAAAAUAGAGGCAGAAUGCGAAAUCACCGAAAUCGAUGAACAAGAGAAGACAGAGGAUCCUGUACAUAGAACCAGAAAAUUAUCAAUCGCUAAAUUGAACUAUACGGUUAGCGACGAUGAUGCAGAUGAUGAUCCAGAAGAUGAAGAUGUAUCAUUUCCUGAUCCAGAAUAUUCUAGUGACGAGGAGAAGCCGUCUACUUCAAAGCUUCUGUCCUGUUAUGUGUGCAAGGAAUUCAACGGGACCAAACGGGCCCUUGUAACGCAUCUGCAAAAUGAGCAUAGCACUUUGUUGCCAUAUUAUUGCGACCGUUGUCUCGUAGGAUUUGACGAGGACCUUAUGGCCGUUAAUUUCCAUUAUCAGUCGCACGAUUUACCUUAUGGUUGUCUAUUCUGCGAAGCUCUGUUCAGCACCGAAGAUGACCUAGCAAUUCAUAAUAAAACAUGUAUAGGCUACCAAUGUUCGCACUGUAUGAAUCAUUUCCAGCUCGUGCAGUAUCUUAAGGAUCAUGACUGCAAAUCUAGCAAGUAUCAACGAGUGCAGGUGCUCACUUCAAUGGUAGGCUCGCUCCGCAAUCUGACUCGAUACAUUCCGCACGUUUGUGGCAUGUGUAAUGAAGACAUGUGCAAAAACGACCGUUUGGCCUAUCAUUUCGAAAGAGAGCAUAACAAUUGCCAGUUGCAACUUUUCAGCUGCGACAUCUGUCCCAAAAAGUUCACGAUGCUGCUGGCAGCAAGGCUGCAUCGUAUAUCACACAAGAGUUCCAUCGGAAAGCAGCGAAAAAUUAUGGUGACGGAACGCAACGAGUGUACUAUCUGUUCUCGUGAGUUCCGAUUCAACAAGGAACUCCUGGCCCACAUUGAGGCCGAGCACGCUGAAUCCGGGAUGGAGUUCCAUCAAUGUUCCAAGUGUGAACGUAAGUUUACCUCCGAGGCAAAGCUACUCAAGCAUGACUACAAUACCCAUCAGGGUAAACAGCCACAGUUUUUCUGCUCGUUCUGUGGGAGAGUUUUCAACAAGAAAUUGGGCCUAAAAGAUCACGAGAAUCUGCAUCGCGGAAUCACGGAGUACCACUGCAAGGACUGUAACAAGAACUUCACAUACAAAAGCACCUAUGACCGCCAUAUGCAAGUAGUGCAUAGCGAUGCUAAGCAGUUCACGUGCGAAUAUUGCCAUAAAAGCUUUAAACGAAAACCCACUCUCAAGGUGCACCUACGGUUGCACACCGGAGAAAAACCGUACCAGUGCGAGUAUUGUAGUCGUCGAUUCGUCGAUCCUAGUUCGUUCCACAAGCACAAAACCAAGGAACAUGGCUGGAAAAGUAACUUUCACUCGUAAGUGGAACAACCUUGAAUACUUUUCCGUAGAGUAUUAGCUUAGAAAAUGGUGGGACGACCCUACGUUGUGUUUCGCUUUACAGGAUCCAGACGAAUGAAGUACAACUGCUGAUUACUUUUACUACUGAUUUAUUACCUCCGAGAGGCAGCGUGCCAGCUCGGAGGUUACGAUAACGAAAACUGUACAUCACAUGGUUUGAGGAGUCGCCUUUUAUAGGCGACUCUUAGUACGGCAGGACAAUUAUAUAAUAAUGUUACAACUAUUGGGGACGUGUGCACAAACAUUCAAAUUUAAAUUCUAAUUGGACUUACACAGCGCGCCACUGCUAUGCACAUAACGCAAGCAGUUGGCGCGAGAACAGUGAAUAACAAAAGUGACACAAAAUAAAAAGCGCACACACGCUGCACUGUUAGGCUUCAACAGCAGCUACGACGAUGAGCACAGUUCGUGAUCGAACAAUAUUUUUUCGUGGCAUUUUUUCCGACUUAAUGACGAUUUAAUGUUCUCAUUAUGUUACUUAAUGUUACUCCUUAAUAUAUAAGAUAUGCGACAAUUAAAA